AUGGCCUGUGUUGAACUUGCGAAUGGACCCGCUGAGCCAAAAGAUCCUGGUGAUCUAACCGAUGUCUGGGAAGGGCGGGAGAUGCACCAAGACCUCGAUGAGAUCCUCUACGUAUCCCCCGAGCCGGAUUUCCCACAGAUGAUCGAUACCGAGGCGCUGGAUAAGGCAUUGGAUUUUGGUUACGGAAUUUUGCAGGCAUGGAAGCAGCGAGUCUUCUCCAUCCGAACAGUCUUCUUGAACGACGCCUGCAUAAUAGGAUUCAAGUUCCUGCACUCGCUCUGUGAUGCGAAUGGUGCUUAUGGGAUUAUUCAGGCUUACUGCACUCUACUCCGGGGCGAAAGAAUCAUGCAUACCCUGCACGCUCGACCAUCGCUGUCGCUCAAAUCGGAAGUUCUGGAGAAGUGUGCUGAAAUGAUUGAAUCGCACCAAAUCGCAGACUUGCACCUGCAUUCUGUGCAUCGAACUUGGUCUGCUGGGAUUGGUGCUUUGGGAAAGCAGAUUACAAGGAACAUUUUCUGCCCUUCUGCUCGACGGGUUGGCAGGACCAUGCUGGUACCACGAGGCCAGAUUCAAGGAUGGGCAAAGGAAGCAGAGAUGCAGAACUCCAAGGUGACCGAACACGAUUUGCUGGUUGCUUUCAUCUACAAGGCGUCUCUACACCCACCUACUGCCCACAAUUUUGGGCUGGUAGUCGACAUCUCACAGCAGCUCCAAACUGAAGCUAACCUUUAUAACCCGUGGUAUAUGAUGCCUCUGCCGGACCCAAUGCCAUCUAGCGAAUAUAGUAUUCCGUCAAUGACGCGCCUGGCAACACACAUCCGACACACAAUCGAUGAGGCACAGCAGCCAGAAUGUAUCGGUGAGGUUGUAGAGCAACAUCGACAGCUCAAGAAGAACCCAAUGGUCCCCAAGACCUACGGUAGCCGAGCCGCGCAACCCCGGAUCGCAUCAUGGAAAGGCCUGCCCCUUUUCGAGAUCGACGUUCAGGGAGAAACCCCGCUCUUUGUUCAGGGCAGUGUCGACUACUGUGGGAUUUUGCGCGAGACCAAGUGCCACUUGGAUGACUUCGUGUGA